GUUGGACAUGGACAUUUGAAAAUUAGAAUUUUUACAAAAGAUGAAUAAUAAAACUUGAAAACUUGAAAACUUGAACUUGGUAUUCUUGAAGUAAAGAUAAUUUUGCAAACAUAAUACAAUAACAGUGAAUAUAAACACUUCGUCCACAAUAUGAUCUGUCCAGAAAUAAGUAAUUUUCCUUCACCAAAAGUAUCUACUAUUCACAGAACAAAUCAAAAUGUUGAGACAAUUAUCGAAGCUAUGAAAGUUAAUAAUUUCUAUAAAAGCAUUAUUAUUACUUGUCCUGACGAGAUCAAUGUGCCGAGUUCUCUCGAGGAAAUAAUUACCGAAGACAGCGAUUCUUACAAAUUAAGUGGCUGUCCUCUUACAGAAUUUGUCGAUAACGUGUUUAUUAAAAGUUUUGUCAGGAAUGGAAAAUUGUAUUGUUUAUCCGCAGACAGAAACUGCAUUGUUAAAAACUGCGUUGCUAUAACGCCAGAUGGAAUACUAACCUUACAUGUUCUAGAUUACACAUACCAAACACUCGGUCUCGAAGGAUCGAAACGUCCUCACAAUUAUUACGAGGUUAACAUCGAUUUAAAAAACAUCAAGAAUACUGACAGAAUUAAACAUGCUUUACGUAAAUUGGGAACAUUUGAUUUUCACAUAUAUUGGGAGCCGCAUUCGGAUGAUGUUUGUCCAUCAACAGUAGCACGAUAUUUCCACAACAAGGACAUAGAUGUAACACUCUGCUCUCUUAAAACUAAGAAGAUAUCACCUCAAAUAACCCAAGUGCCAUCUCUGGAAAAUGUGGAAAUUGAGGAAAUUGUUGAAUGGGUCGGAAUGUUGAGUCACAAUGCUGAUUUGAAUCCUGAUGAAUCAUAUAUCAGUACAUACAUUGAACCGGAGUGCAGCAAUCCAUUAGAAACUAAAAGGAUAGCUCUGCUUGUUGUUAAAGGAUUUUUGACAUCUACACUUAUUGUAGAACUGUGUACCAAGUUAUCAGAAUAUGUCUCGAGCAGAUCAAUGAGCAACUACUGGGCCUGUCUCAGUGUGCAGAGUGAGGACACCCUGCGGAGGUGGAACUUCUGCACACCCAGAAUGUUUCUGCCUCACAAUACUUCAGAUAACAUGUUCUUUACACAAAAUGGUCAUAUUACAUAUUCAAUAAGUCAAUUAAAAUAUUCAUAAAUUA